UAGAGAUAGGCCCUCCUUCCCACACAACCCCAAGCUGUCAGCAGUAUAGCUGUUCAGCUUGAAGAAAGAAACACGCUGCCGAGUGCCAAGAGUGCUGCUGUCCAUGGAGGUGAAGGACGAGACUAAAGGAGGGCCUCAUUUUGUGGGGAAGAAGGAUGAGCUGAUUGCAGCGAAGCGCUCUUUCAGGACAUUAGAUGGGAGAGAUAUACUGAUUGUCUAUCAUGAAGGAGUCUUGUACGCGAUGGACAUGUACUGUUACCAUGCUGGGGGGAAUCUGCAGAAUGGAGACAUCGAGGAGUUUGACGGCAAGCUGUGCAUAAUUUGUCCAAACCACAAGUACAAGAUCACUUUGGCCAAAGGGGAGGGGAUAUACAAGGCCACCAACCCCAAGGAGAAGCCGCCGGUUGCCAGAUGGUACUCUAAGGGUUUGAAGCAGCGAACCCACAUAGUCACUGAGACCAACGGUGAUGUCUAUGUCGAGAUUUCGGAUGAGCCAGGCUGGGUCGAGUCAGAUUUCUUCCAGGGAGAGAAGGGCAAGGAGGAGAGGGCAAAGGCUGAAGCAGCUGAGAUGGCAUCUGAGGAGGCAUCUUGAUAGUGACACCGAUCAUCUCUCUCUCUCUUUUUUUUUUUUUAACUUUCUUUUUAUUGAGUUUUAGAGUGAAAAGAACAGGCACAGACAUAAGACAAAACAGAUCUAAAGGGUGCAGUUCAACACCAUAUAUACAUUUGUUGCAAGAUUGCAAAGCAUUAAAGGUUGCGUGUCUUAUUUUAGAGGAAACCGGUGCACAGAGACAGUAUAUAUCAAAUUUUAUCCUUUCAAGACACUGUUUGAGUACAUGUCUAUGUGUCAAUAGUGAUCAUCCAUAUAAAAAUAAAGAUAAAUAAAAGUUAAAAAUAAAAUGGAAUCCACAUAAUUACAUAAUAACAACACAGAUGUCCAAGAGAAGAAUCCAACCAAGGGGUCAAGUUCAUAUCUGUCCAUCCGCUUCCGCACAGUUCACAUUGGCCUCAAAUCCACUUAAGAGGGAAGAGUUCAUUGUACUGAAAGCAGCAGAUCCAUACACAUCAAUCUUGACAUGCACUUCCUAUAAUCCAACACAUUUAUGGUGUUACACAGUUGGAAAAUGAAGGACAUGUUGAAGAUAUACACAAAUAGGAAAUUAGAAUACAUUAAAAUUGUUGUAAAUCCCCUGCUGUAUUAACAAUAAAUUAGAAAAUUUAGCCAUUCAGAGUUUCAAAGAGAAAGUCAGCCUUUCCAUACCAAUCCAAUUUCUUUUACAAUCCCUAUCCAUUCUAAUUUUGUUGGGGGCUCUUUAAUCCAUUUUCUCGUUAUGGCUUUUUUACUGGCUAUGAGUAGUACUUACAAGAUACUUAGAGGAGAUACUUAGAGAUUUAAGUUUGUGUUGAAUAUUAAAUACAUUGUUCUGAAAUCUGUAUUAAUCUCUGAGUCGAUUACUGAUUUUCAUCCCUGCUACUACUCCCAGGGUUGAAUUGCAGCAUUGUCACAAAAAUGAGACAGUGAUCAGCCAAAGAGUUCUUACACUUCCUGCAGCAGUGACCACAUCCAUCUAUCUUAAUGAGGAUUGGCUCUCAGUAAUCUGGAGUGACCUCCUCUCGCUGUCCAGGGUAGAUGAAAGCAAUAUGAUGAAUGACUGUAGGAUGAUGAUGAUGCCAUACUAGGAGAGAAAAACACAUCAGAUGUUUAUUGACGUGCACUCUGCGGUCCACCUCAAGUCAUCAAUAGGGC